CUCCAUGUGUUGUGAUCAUAUGUGAAAAACAUCUGGAUGCUUUUGUUUUGAAAGUCCAAUAACGGAACAGUCGUAUCAGAUCGGAAGUCGACGUCAUCCCUGAGACCAAGCUGCGGACAGAAGUUCUGUCAGAACCUGUUUAUAUACAGUCUAUGGUCAGAACUCGUUUCAUUGAAACCGUGAGAAAAUAAUACUUUGGUUCCUUCAGGAACCAAGAUGGCGGACGAAGCCACGCGCAGGGCCGUGUCUCAGAUCCCGCUGCUGAAGACGCACGCGGGGCCUCGGGACCGCGCGCUGUGGCCGCAGCGGCUGAAGGAGGAGUACCAGGCGCUGAUCCGGUUCGUGGAGCAGAACAAAGCUGCAGACAACGACUGGUUCCGUCUGGAGUCCAGCGAGGACGGGACGCGGUGGACCGGCACGUGCUGGUUCAUCCACGAGCUGCUGCGCUACGAGUUCCGCCUGGAGUUCGACAUUCCGGUGACGUUCCCCGACACCGCGCCCGAGGUGGCGGUACCGGAGCUGGACGGUAAGACAGCCAAGAUGUACCGCGGCGGGAAGAUCUGCCUGACCGAGCACUUCGCGCCGCUCUGGGCCAGGAACGCACCGCGGUUCGGCCUCGCGCACCUGAUGGCGCUGGGCCUCGGCCCGUGGCUCGCGGUGGAGAUACCGGACCUGAUCGGUAAAGGGAUCGUGGUCCACAAGGAGCGGCAGCGCGAGGCUGCGGCGGAGUGACGUCAUCGGACGAAACUUUAAAGACCUUGCUACAGAAAGGAAUAAAAAAAGAAAAAAACUCCUCACCGAUAAUUGUUUGGUUCAGAGUAAAAACUAUGAACAGAGAGAGAGUGUGUGUGUGUGUCCGUACAUGUUAACUAAUAAAGUGAUGAUUGGUGAGAUUUGAUUUUCACUCUUCUAAUGUAGAUUGGAGAACUGAGCGAGGUCAGAGGUCAACACAUGUUCUGUGACAUGUUUAGAGAAAAAAUGAAACGUUGAGUUGAUAAUAAAUGAAUUAGUCUUGUGA